AUGAAAUCGGAGAUGGAGGAGCCUCUCAUGGUUCAGAUUCAACUUGACCACCACAACCACCAAUCACCGCCGUCGUCUCCGUACACUUUCACUAAACCAAAGUCAAAACGCACGAAAUCGAUUCUCUUGCUAAUUCUCGCUUCCGUCGUCUCCGUCGCUAUCACAUUGGGGUUACUAUUUGUGUUCUGUUCAACUCUACGGAAUCGGGGAAAUUCGUUCCGGUACAGCGUCGUUAUCGAUGGAGGAAGCUCCGGGACCCGAAUUCACGUUUUCAGGUACUGGAUCGAGUCCGGGAAACCGGUUUUCGAUUUCGGGGCGGAGAACUACGGAAGCUUGAAGCUGAGUCCUGGUUUGUCUUCGUACGCUGAUAAUCCGGAAGGAGCGAGUGUGUCGGUGAAGGAGCUUGUGGAGUUCGCAAAAGGGAGAGUUCCGGAGGGAAUGUUGGAGAAGAGUGAGAUUAGGUUGAUGGCGACUGCUGGGAUGAGAUUGCUUGAAGUCAGUGUUCAAGAUCAGAUUCUUGAAGUUACAAGAGGAGUUCUUAGAUCUUCUGGGUUUAAGUUUCAAGACGAAUGGGCUUCUGUCAUCUCUGGAUCUGAUGAAGGAGUAUAUGCUUGGGUUGUUGCAAAUUAUGCGAUUGGAUCUCUUGGAGGUGAUCCUUUGCAAACAACUGGGAUUGUUGAGCUCGGUGGUGCUUCUGCUCAGGUGACGUUUGUGUCGAGUGAGGUUGUGCCUCCUGAGUUCUCGCGUACGAUUUCGUACGGAAAUGUUGCAUACGAAAUCUACAGUCACAGUUUCCUCCACUAUGGACAGGAUGAAGCAGAAGAAGAGUUAUUGGAAUCACUCCAGAACUCAGUUGUGAACUCUACAGAGGAUGGAAUAGUUACUGACCCUUGUACUCCUAAAGGAUACAUCUUCGACGCAAGUUCUCGCAAGAAUUCAUCAGUACAAGCUGCUGGUAAUUUCACUGAGUGCCGAUCUGCUACAUUCAAAAUAUUGGAGGAAGGAAAAGAUAAAUGUCCUUACAACCAUUGCUCGAUUGGAUCAACAUUCACACCUGAUCUUCAAGGAAAGUUUUUGGCUACAGAGAACUUUUACCACACCUCCAAGUUCUUUGGAUUGGAAGAAAAGGGUUGGCUGUCUCAAAUGAUUUCAGCUGGAAAGAGUUUCUGUGGAGAAGAAUGGUCCAAGUUGAAAGAGAAAUAUCCAACAACUAAAGAAAAAUAUUUGGAUGGGUAUUGCUUCUCAUCAGCAUAUAUUAUCUCACUGCUUCACGAUAGUCUUGGAUUUGCUCUUGAUGAUGAAAGAAUCGAGUUUGCAAAUAAAGCAGGAGAAAAAAAGAUAUCACUAGAUUGGGCAUUGGGAGCUUUUAUACUAAACACUCCCACAUCCACUUCUGGUUACAGUAGUAAAUCUAGAAAGAUGCUUCGCUGA